AUGAAAUUCGUAGGCCUAAUUGCGCUUUGCCUAAAUAGGCUUAACCCAGAUUUCCGUGGUCAAAAUAUUAAGCUUCCAGCAAUUGAGGACAAUUCAGACCAGCAUCAAGGGAUUUGCAACGCACUGGGAAGACUGCAAAUCACAUUUACAUUUGCAUUCACAAUGUUCAGCAGGACAAUACGGCGGUCCAUAUUGGACUCGAAAAUUUCAUCAACAGCUCUACCACCCACAUUCCUUCUUCCGAUCCGGGCGCGACAGUUCAACUCGACAACUCAACAUGUCGAGACACCGCCUGGAGACCUGGACGCGUCCCAAUUCCCUACCAAAUCCCCCUCCCAAUUAGCAGAGAGUGCAGCUCCAGUGCCCAAAACCCUUCGCUCAAGGAUACCACCACUGGCCCCCGCCCCUAUUCCAAACUCGAUAGCCCUCGAUCCUUCGGUCAAGGAAAUGCUUCCCCUCUUGAUAGCUCAACCUUCGCACUAUAUCAGCGUACACAUUCAUGGCAAGCCCUAUCUUGUCACCGGGGGAGAUAGUGUGCGAUUGCCAUUCCAGAUGCCGGGCGUCAUUCCCGGGGAUGUUUUACGCUUGAACCGGGCAUCGGCUUUGGGAUCUCGAGAUUACACGUUGAAAGGGACACCGUACGUCGAUGAACGGAUUUUUGAAUGCAGAGCGACGGUUAUGGGCACAGAAGCAGAGCCGAUGAGGACUAAGGAGAAGAAGAAACGGAGGAAUAGAAGGAUAAAUACUGUCAAGAGCAAGCACAAGUAUACAAUUUUGAGGAUUGGAGAGAUCAAGAUCAAUGGCUUAGAUGAUAUAGAAAGCUAA